AUGCGGCAAUGCAACAAGACCUCCAAUGGGAGCGACAGCUGUGACCUGAUGUGCUGCGGCAGAGGCUACAACCCCUACAUGGACAAAGUGGUGGAGCGGUGCCACUGCAAAUACCACUGGUGCUGCUACGUCACCUGUAAAAAAGCUCUGUCCAAGACUCCUUCGGCUUUGGCCCUGAAUCAAACCCAGCACUGCAAGCAGCUAGAAGGCCUGGUGGUUUCCCAGGUGCAAUUGUGCCGCAGCAACCUGGAGCUGAUGCAGACCAUCAUCCAGGCGGCACGGGAAGUGAUAAAGACCUGCCGCAAAACUUUCUCAGACAUGCGGUGGAAUUGCUCUUCCAUCGAGCUGGCUCCUAACUACCUGCUGGACUUAGAGAGAGGUACAAGGGAGUCAGCAUUUGUGUAUGCCCUUUCUGCUGCUGCUAUCAGCCAUACCAUUGCCAGAGCCUGCACCACCGGGGACCUCCCUGGCUGUUCCUGUGGUCCCAUCCCAGAUGCUCCCAUGAAGAUGAAAAAAUCAGGAUCACAAGCCAAUAAACUGAUGCAUCUGCACAACAGUGAAGUAGGGAGACAGGUCUUGAAAGCCUCUCUUGAAAUGAAAUGUAAGUGCCAUGGAGUUUCUGGGUCAUGCUCUAUCAAGACCUGUUGGAAAGGCCUUCAAGAGCUGCGAGACAUUGCACUGGACCUCAAAAACAAGUAUUUGUCAGCCACCAAGGUCGUUCAUCGGCCCAUGGGCACACGCAAAUACCUCGUGCCAAAGGAUAUUGAUAUCAGACCGGUUAAGGAGACAGAGCUGAUUUACCUGCAGAGCUCGCCUGAUUUCUGCAUGAAGAAUGAGAAAGUGGGGUCACAUGGGACCCAGGACAGGAUAGGAAAAUGCGUAUUGCAGGAGUCCAUUUAUCCUGAGCAGGGUGAGAACAGAGAUUGUGAGCCUGCCAGGCAAGGAUCCAAGGAAAUGAGGCUGAGUGAGGACUUAGAGGAGCGAGAUAUUAAGGCAGGAGGGGAUGACUUUCAAAAGGCACCUGUCAAGAAGUGCUCCUUAUUGUUGGAUGUGCAAGGUGAUGAUGACUGUGAGAGGGGAGGAGGGUGA